AUGGAAUCAGCCAAAUUAAUGUUACAGUCAGGUUACAAGAUUCCAGUACUUGGAUUGGGUACAUGGAAAAGCAAGCCAGGUGUCGUUGGCAAUGCUGUAAAAACAGCCAUUGAUUGUGGCUACAAACACAUUGACUGUGCUGCUGUUUAUGGUAAUGAGAAGGAGAUAGGAGUUGCCUUAGCAGAGAAAAUUGGAAAGGUAUAUAAACAAUAUACUAGGUAGACAAAUCAAACCAACAGUGGUAAAUGAGUUAGAUCAAUUGAAGUUAACAACCCCCUGCCCCAAAUUAUGGGGUUGUAUACUUCAAGGGUACUUGAAGUGACUCCCCCAAAAUAUUACUAUCAAUAAUACAACUUUUGUUUAGAUUCUUUUUUGUAUUUGGUGGUUCCUAAAGGAACCAGUUUUUAUUAUUUCUUUGUCUUCAAUCGAUCGUGUACUUGAUAGCGAUGUCUUCCAAGAUGCAUUGAACUUGUCUUCACCUCAUAAACCUAUCCAGAUACCGGGCAACAUAUCUCGUCUCACGCCUCUCGUGGUCUUCAAUUUAACUUUACAACGGCAGUCCUUGAAACUCAGGUAGGCAUUUGGCAACGCCGACCUAAAUGCCGACCUGCAAAGCGAUAUAUGUAGAUUUAGGUCGGCAAAAUUUUGCCGACCUACUUUCAAAUACGUCUCUUCAAAUACGUUUUCCGCGAACGCAUCUUUCACAUACGCAUUUUCAACGAGCUUGCGUAGUAGUCACAUUGCAGUUUCAUUGUUAAAAACUUUGAAAAGUAAACAUACGUGUUAAAAUCGUCGAGCUUCAAGAUUUAAGCGAAAGUAGGCAUGGUAAUAAAGUAGUGUACGGUCUGUCACAACAUUUGGUCACAACAUGCAUGCACUGUUCGAUUGGAGUUCAUACAUUUUGUUUGUUGUUUUGAUUGCUAUAUAUUGGCAUUGAUUGCAAUUAAUUGCUGUUUAUAAAUACACGUAUUUGCAGCAAGCAAAUUAAAUUUUCAUUUGGAUAUUUUCUAUUUGUUUGAAAAUAUUUGCCGACCUAGAUUGAGAAUUAUCGCUUUUAGGUCGGCAACCUGAAAUUUCGGGAGUUUCAAGGACUGCAACAGUUCCAGUAUGACUCGAUAAAUUUUGUGUGUGAACACGGCCCAUCACAGGAUCGACAAAAACCAGCGAAUGGUUGA